CGGGAACCAUACCGAAGAAGAAGAAGAAGCGGCAAAGAUGGCGGAGAGCAGCAGCAGCAGCGACCACACGGAGGACGUCAAUGCGAAUAAAGAUGACUCUUCCCGGGGAACCCCGAUGGUGCUGAACGUCAGGACUCCGGAGGGAACCGAGAGAAUCGCGAUCUGGGAGGAAUCCUCUGUGACGCAGUUAAGACAGGAGGUUUCCAAAAGAUUUGAGACGACCCAGGACCAACUGGUGCUGAUAUUCACAGGGAAGAUUCUGAGGGAUACUGAUACUCUGAAGCAGUAUGGUAUCAAAGACGGACACACCGUUCAUCUCGUUAUCAAGAACUUCCCAAAACCAACAGGUGGAAGUGCAUCUCAGUCAAGUUCCACUUCUUCACCACCUCAACAAAACACCAUCAGCAGCAGCAGCAUCACCAGCAUCACCAGCACCACCAGUAGCACCAUCAGCAGCCCCAGCCCCACUGUAGCAGGCAGCAGCGGUCAGACACUGACACAACCUGCUAAUGCAAUGAGGGGACUCGACAUGUCCAGCUUGUUAGGUCUCGGCAUGGGUUCACCCAACUCAACGCAGAUGCAGCAGCAGAUAUUGUCCAACCCACAGAUGCUGUCACAGAUCAUGGGGAACCCGUUGUUCCAGAACGUGAUGUCCAACCCAGACCUGAUGAGACAGAUGUUACCAGGCAAUUCUCAGAUGCAGCAGCUCUUAGGAAACCCCAACAUUUCUCGCAUGUUUAACAACCCUGAGUUUAUGAGACAGUUGCAGAAUCCUGAAACACUUUCUACGAUGAGCAACCCCAGAGUCAGACAGGCCCUCGAACAGAUUCAACAGGGCCUGCAGAUAUUACAGACUGAAGUCCCAGGAUUCAUGUCCAGUGUCUCUACGGGAGGUCUCACAGUUCCUCCAGCCACAAGGGGCAGUGUCCCUCCGUCCACAGGGGGCAUUGUCCCUCCAUCCACAAGGGGCAGUGUCCCUCUGUCCACAGGGGGCAUUGUCCCUCCAUCCACAAGGAGCGGGGUCCCUCCACAGAACCCCCCCUUUGCUGCCUUUCCACCAGGAUCCAGUCCCUCACAGCAGAUGCAGCAGAUGCAGCAGAUGUUACAGAUGUUUCGAAGCGAUGGGCCAUCGCUUCAGGCACCGGAGGCUCGUUUUCAGCAGCAGCUUGCCCAGCUCAACGCCAUGGGCUUCAUCAACCGUGAAGCUAACCUGCAGGCGCUUAUCGCAACAGGAGGGGACGUCAACGCGGCCAUUGAAAGGCUGCUGGCCUAACGUGCUCAGUUCAUUUUGGGGAUUGGUGCUUGAAGACUGAUAGAGUUGGGGACUAGCCCAAUAUAUUAAAUCAACAUGAUCUUGGUAAAUUCAGUCCUCUAUGACAUUCAAGUCUGACCUGAACCCCAGAUAGAAUUAGAGCUGUUACAGUCACUUGUUUUCCAUUUGUAGGAGCCACAUUUAAGUUUAUUUUCAGCUGGUGAUGGCCAUCGGCAAUGCAACAAUGAAAAACUGAAGCAACUGCAUCUUAUUGUCCUAUUAUAUUUUAUUUGCAGUCAAUUCUAAGCUACAGUGAACAAUGCAUUCUCUCUGCACCUCUCUUUGGAAACAAGGCUGCGAGUCUGAGACACUGCACCUGAACUCUAUGUGGCAAAAACAAUAGGAAAUGAAAUAGAGGUUAAAGGGAAAACCCUUCAUGAAAAAACUUCAGGGGUUUUUGUCACUACACCAUUAAUCUGUAAAUCGUAAGGAUGAGAUGAAGGAUUGAGAAUGAGUGGUGACAGUGCUGCUACCAUUCAAAGACACCACAGCCGUCACAGCUUUAGUUUCUCUCGCUACUGCAGACGGAGAUAGUUUCAGGCCUGUCCUUUACGUCUUCCACAUGAGGAUGCAGAGAAAUUUAAGUUAAGUAGUGUUUACAUUAUUUAAUUCUUAAGUAUUGUAUUUUAGUUGAAGAGUUUUAAAACGGGGUUCUGUUGCAGUAGGUUGGAUGAUGUUCCAUUCUGGGCACUCGGCUUGUUUUUAAUGUGGUUUAUUUUCACUCUUGAGCCUUAAUCUUUCCUGACUGACAGGAAUUUAUUAACUUAAAUAUAAUAUUUUAUCCGGAUUUCUUUUGUUACACAUUUUCUUUCAUCAGAACUGUUUAGAGUACUUCAUCAAAUGUUAAUGGUUGUAUCUGCUGUGAGUAUGUUUCCAGGAGAAAGAGAAAAUGUUCAGGUUGUUGGACCAAGGCUAUGAUACUGUUAUGUUAGAAUAAGGGGAGGUCAACUUUAAAGUUCAUUGCUGGCAUUAUUGCAACAUUGGCUCUACAUGAUAAUGUGUGAUACCUCAAUGUAACUAAUGGGAUCUGCAAAAUAAUGCAAAGUUUAACUAAAUCUUAAAUCGUUUGUCUACCUUCUGACUUUUUAACCAAAUUAUCUUAGUAGAUGUGGGAAAAAAAUUGCGGAAAAACUUAAACAUUCGGAGGUUUUGUUGAUUUGAAUCAUUGGUGAGUAAUGUUCUUUUGUCUGCAACCAACCUUUCGAAUUUAAAAUAUGUUCCUUUAACAUCUCAGUCACUGACAGUUCUGUGCAGUGAUGGAGAAAGAGAUUAAACAGUAAAUGUAGAAAUUCCACAUAUAUUUCUGACUAUAAAAUUCUGUAUUUUGUCUUUUUAAAAGAUAAGUUUACAAUUAUUUUAAGUAUUUAAAAUAAAAUCACCUAUUUGUUACG